CCGCGGAGGCCUAGGGGUGAGAGGGCAGCCAGAGUUAGAGAUUUGGAGGAGGCGGGGGCCCGGAGAAAGCACGUGUUCGCAUCCCUUUCUUCCUGCUCUUUAUUCCUUUAUUCUUGGGGGUUGAUAGCUGCGGGGACAGCCCGGGGCCCGGUGUAUGGCCACGGAGUUACAGCGUCAGGACUCCAUGCCCUGUCACAACCGGCAAGUACACUCUACUUCUACCCCUAGUCCCGAGCGUCUGCGAGCAGACGACCAGAUCCUGGAUCAUGCCGAAGAAAAUAACGCUGCUAUGGCUAAGCUGACUCUCCUCCCCGGGCACGCCCAUUCUAGCGUGCUCUCAGAUCGGGACUCUCAGGCCUGCUGUGGCACUAAUCUUCACUCUGAGAACCACAGUGAUAGUAGCAACUACGAGGCACCUGUCGGCGACUCCCUCCUAGGGGACUGUGAACUCUCCCGACAGAUCGGGGCACAGCUUAAGCUGCUGCCUAUGAACGAUCAAAUCCGGGAGCUGCAGACUAUCAUCCGGGACAAGACAGCCAGUAGAGGGGACUUCAUGUUUUCUGCGGAUCGUUUGAUCAGACUUGUUGUAGAAGAGGGACUGAAUCAGCUGCCAUAUAAAGAAUGCAUGGUGACCACGCCGACAGGACACAAAUAUGAAGGAGUGAAAUUUGAGAAAGGAAAUUGUGGGGUCAGCAUAAUGAGAAGCGGUGAGGCAAUGGAGCAAGGUUUACGAGACUGCUGUCGAUCCAUACGAAUUGGGAAGAUCCUGAUUCAGAGCGAUGAAGAGACACAAAGGGCCAAAGUGUAUUAUGCCAAGUUCCCCCCAGACAUCUAUCGCAGAAAAGUCCUUCUGAUGUAUCCAAUUCUCAGCACUGGAAAUACUGUAAUUGAAGCUGUAAAGGUUCUGAUAGAACAUGGAGUUCAACCCAGUGUUAUUAUCCUACUCAGUCUCUUCUCCACUCCCCAUGGUGCCAAAUCAAUCAUUCAAGAAUUUCCAGAGAUCACAAUUCUAACUACUGAAGUUCAUCCUGUUGCACCUACACAUUUUGGACAGAAAUACUUUGGAACAGACUAAGUUAUUAAAGGAAAAGGAAAUACUUUGCAUAAUAUUAUGGUUGUAAAUGGAUUUAAUACUUGUUUUUACUAAUUUGUUGGAGAAAUAAUGGAGAAAUACAUUAGGAAUAUCUUUUAACAUUGGAUAUAGGUAUAGCAACAGGAAAUUAUUGGAAGUUUAUUGUUUGAUUUGGUCACUUCUUCAUAUGUGGUACCAAAUUUGACAAUGAAGCACACCCACGGUGCUUAGAAAGAUAGAAAUUUAAUUGUUUGCUCAUGGAAGUCACUCAACUGUCACCCAGUGCAUGGAAACUAUUGAACUUGUGACCCUCUUGGUUUGGAGGUUGCUUGCAGCUGCAGACAAUCCCAAACAAGAGUUAGUUCUUUAGCACACUGCGGUUUACAUUUUCUUUACUGUGCUUUUAGCUCUAGGGUGGCUUUCUGUAUGUGGCUGUUGUCACCCUCUAUACUCUGUAUUUCCAUGUACUAUAUAUACAGGUCCUUUGGAGAAGAGAGAACAAGAAUAUAUCCUGGAAUCUUAUAUUGCCAUUACUGUCCUUGCUUAAGUUUCAGACCAAGAUGUUGGUUAACUCUUCAGCUAAACUGUUGUGUUCCUUAUGGCUCAUUUCCCAAACUGGGUAUUGAGGGAAGGUACUUGUCUAGCUGUAAUCCAGUGAAAAAGAUGGCAGGCCCUUUUCAGUAUCUGAAUCUGUAACAUGAUCUACAGAGACUGAACCACGAAUGCCCGAUCCCGACAAGAGACAAUUUCUAUAGAAAGGAAUUGGGUAUUUUUUCUAAGGUGUGCAGGACAGUGGAGGCUUUGCUGCAUUUCAUGGCUGAUAAGUAAAUCAACACGGUUUUUUAAAAUUUAGUUGUUUCUACUAGUUGCCUUUGGUUUGGAACUUCGGUAUUUUGCAUGUUUUACACUAUAGCUGUAUUAAAAUAGAGAAAAACUAAUGUUCUUUCAAAAUAUGUAAGGUUUCUAUGUGCUCAUAUUUAAGCUUUUGAAAGGGAGAGAAACAAUCUUAGACUUAAUCUUUGCACUUUUGAAAUGUGCUUAUAAAACCCUGAUCCCACUUUACAUUGAUAUUAAAACUUCUAACUGUGGUGGCUGGAUAAUUACUUGAUUAAUUCCACUUUCAUGGCCCCACGCCAUGAGAGUCUGUUAAAAGCAUAAGAAAGAGUGGAAGCCAGGUUCUUAGAAAGAACCAAAGCUGUAAGACCAGUGAGGGUCAGGGGAGGAAAGCACCCUUGAGUAGAUUGACUGGAUUUUUACCCUAUGAUUCUAGACUACUAGUGUUCACUGUACUUUUACUUUUGUUGUUGUUUGUUUGGGACAGUGUUUUUCUGUGUAGCCCUGGCUCUCCUGGAACUUGCUCUGUAGACCAGGCUGGCCUUGAACUUACAGAGAUCCACCUGUCUCUGCCCUCAGAGUGCUGGGAUUAAAGGUGUGCACCACCAUGCCCAGCUACUUUAGUUUUGAAGACUAACAUGUACUAAAGUUAAAAUUCAUCUAACAGUUCUUCCAUGGCAGAAUGCUGCUUUCAAGUUCUUUUUUUUAAAGAUCUGGUCUCAUUGUGUAGUCCUAGCUGGUGUGGGAUUUCUUAUGUAGACCAGGCUGGCCUGGAACUCACAGAGCUUCUCCUGCCUCUUGACUAAAGGUGUUCACCACCUUGCCCAGCUUAAAGUUUUGUUAAUUAGGUGUCUCAGGAGUGAUGUAACAAAUUCAGAUAGACCAGAUCUAUUGAGGUUGUUUUAUUGCAUUGAAUCAUUUGGAAAGAUGAUGCUCACUUAUCUGGGUGUGGUAGUGCAUUCCUGUAACCAGACAUUGCGGAGAUUGAGGUAGGAGGAUUUUGAGUUUGAGGAUAACUUAAGUAACUGAGCCAGAUUUUAUUUCAAUUUUUUUUUGUUGUUGUUUUUUGGUUUUUUUUUUUUUUUUUUUGCCUGCCAGCCUAAGAAUUGCUGCAACUGAAUGGAAUUGGUGCUUCUUUGGAUUGCAGUAUUUUGUUUAAAGUGCUUUCCAGAGCAUGAGAUAAUUUUAUGUUCAACUGUAGGCAUAAAACCAUAUUUCAAGCAAAUUCUUUUUUGUUUUGAAACACAGUCUUCUGUAGCCCAGGCUGGCUUUGAACUUUCCGUGGAGUCAACUCUGACCUUGAUUCACUGUCUCAACUGAGUUCUGGAAUGAAGGGCUUACAACCAGCAUGCCCAUCUUAAACAGGUUCUUUUUAUAUCAUUAACCACUUAGAUCCAAAUGUCUGUUGCUUUUCAGCAAUGAACAUGAUUAAAUGCUAACUACAUUUGAUUCCCACAUGGAAAGCCUAGUAUAAACAGUAGGAAUUAUUCAAUAAGGUCAUAUUCCCCACUGAUGCUUGUACCCUACACUCCUGCAGAUAAAACUCUGCUCUCUGAAUUUUGGAAUGUUUUAUCAAACAAAUUCUUACUUGCAGGGUUAAUCACUUGCAGGACUCUAUUUUCUAAAGUCAACAUAAGAUUAACAGACUACUGAAAGUAAGAUUGACUUUAGUGACAUGAACUUCAGAGCAAUAUAAAUUGUGUAGGUUCUUUAUUGAAGAAUAAAGGCUAGAGCAAAAAUGACAUGCAAAUAACACAUAGCAGAGAUUCUCAAAGUAUGACUUGCAUCAUAAUACUUAGAGGGCUACAGAUUACUGGACCCCAGCCCUACAGUUUCUGAUUUAAUGUUUUGAUUUCCAACAUUUCUCCUUUUUAUAAUAUAAGCAUUUAAGAAUGUAAACCUUCCUAUAAGGAGUUAGCUAUUUUUUAAUAUGUUUUCAUUUUCAUUCAGGUAAAAAUAUUUUCUCAUUUUCUUUAUUUCUUCAACCCAGAGUCAUUUAAAAUCGUCAGCUAAUUGUGAAUAUUCAUACCAUUUCCCCAUAUUUUUCUUUGGUAUUAUUUCCUAAUUUAAUUCCAUUAUGGUUAGAGAAUAUCAUUGUUAUGAUUUGAAUCCUUUUAAUGAUGAGGAUUUUUGACAUAGGAUCUUGUCCAUAAACUAUUGUCAUCUGGUAAGUCUUCCAUGUUUAUUUGGAAUAUAUGCAAAUCCUGUAUUGUUUGCUAGGAAUGUCAGGUUAAGUUGGUUGAUAAAGCAGUUCAUGUUUUCUACUCUUUCACUGAUUUUUCUGUCCCCUUGUUCUAUUGAUCAUUAGAAGGAUAUUGAAAGCUCAGACUAGCCGGGCGUUGGUGGCACACGCCUUUAAUCCCAGCACUCGGGAGGCAGAGGCAGGCGGAUCUCUGUGAGUUUGAGGCCAGCCUGGUCUCCAGAGCGAGUGCCAGGAUAGGCCCCAAAGCUACACAGAGAAACCAUGUCUCGAGAAGAAAAAAAAAAAAAAAGCUCAUUCUAAAGUGUUGUGUUUGUUUCUUCUUUCAGUUCUGUGAAGGUUUUGCUUCCUGUAUUUGAAGUACUCUUGUUAGUGCAAACUGUUAGGCUUCUUGUAGUCUCUUGAGGAUAUGAUCCUUUGCCAUUUGGAAAUUGGAAGUUUGUGCCUGGUAAUACUCUUUGUGCUGAAAUCUUUUUUAGCUGAUAACAAUCCCGGCUUUCUUUUGACUAGCUUUACUUUUUUUUCUUUUUAACAUGUUUAUGUUUUAAUUUGAAUUUCUUAUAGGCAGCAUUAUGGCUGUGUGUUGCUUUUUUAAAAAUCCAAUUUGACAGUGUCUGCCUUUUGUUUCAGUGUUUAGAUAAUUUUCUUGUCAUGUAAUUAUUGGCGUGAUUGGUUUUAGAUUUCCCACCUUGUUGUUUGCCUGCUAUUUGUUCUAUAUUUUCCCUUUCUUUUGGAUUGAGUAUUAUUCAUGAUUCUGUUUUGUGUCUUGAUGACAUUUGUGUCAACUCUUUCCACUGAGUCAACUAUUUGGGGCACUGGCAUGUACCAUCACACUUGGAUAACCCAAUCUCCUUUAAAGGAGGGCUGUUGUAUUUUUCUGAGCAUUUGCAUUUAAUAUAGCAGUUAUAUAGCAGAUAAAUUAUAGAAAUAAUAGCAUGAGUAUAUCCAACAUUUGGAGUAUUCUAUGUAAAAUAUAAAUAGAUUUGAAGCAGUUAAUCCAUCUUAUAAAGCCAUUAUAUAUACCACAAUAUUUUUAUAUUAAUAUGAUUAUUUCCCUUUGUCUACCAUUAUUUGAACUUUAUGAUAAGCUUAUAUUAAACUGCUUGUUAUAUUGAUUUGUUAACUUCUCAUAUCAGUCAUUUGCCAUUGAUAUCACAUCUUGAAGAAACUUAAAUAAUUGUUCAAUACUUAUAAUUAUCAAUGCAUUCAGUGACCUGUUUAACAUACUUGAAUGUCACCAGCAAUGCUCACCUUCUAACAGAUCAUAUAGAGAUAGCAUAGUUGCUUUAUUUCACAAAUCACUAAGAUAGCCAUUAUAUUUCCCUCCAAAUAAUUGGCUCUUAACCAUGGGCCAGAUAUUCUUAGGGAAAAAUGAUAUCAUAGUUCAGUCAGACUUGUUUGUGUCCAGGUUCCAAGUCAGUAUAUUAGUUUAUUUGAGCUAUUGUAACAAAAUACCAUACUGCAUGGUUUUAACAAUAGAAAUAGUUUUGGAGGCCACAGGUCCAAGAUCAAAGUGUUGAUAAGUUUUUGUAGUUUUCAGAGGCCUUUCUUUGACUUUACUUCCCAUGGUCUUAUCCCUGUAUGGAUGUCCUUGGUGUUCCUUUGUAUGUUCAGAUUUUCUCUUCAUAAGACUGUAGUCAGAUUGUAUUAGGGGCUAUUUAAUGGCUUUGUUUUAACCAAAUCACUUCCUUAAAAGCCCUAGCUCCAAUAUAGUCACAUUCUGAGGUAUUGGGAAUUAGAACUUCAAUAUGGAUUGAGGAGGCACUUAUUUGUAACAACAUGCUUGUAACGACAAAACUAGUCAUCUUCUGUCAAUCCACAGGCUUUUAUUGAGACGGUUCUCAUAUGUGUUAUGUGGCAGGGCCAUUUCUUUUCUGUAUUAUUAUUACUUUUUAUUUUUGAGAUAGCAUUUCAUUAUAUAGCUUUGGCUAGCCUGGUGCUUACUAUGCAGACCAGGCUGACCUUGAACUCACAAAGAUCCACCUUCUUCUGCCUCUGAAGUGGUGAGAUUAAAAGUAUGCACCACCACUCCUGGCAGGGCGGGUUUCUUAUGGAAAAUCUAAGGGCGUAGUUUAGAAUUAUUUCUACUUCUGCUGUGAAAUCAGGUGCAAAUUCCUUUACUUCAUUCUUGGGGUGAGAGCAAGCAGGGCAUAUUAAUGUAAGUUGUUUUGACCUUCAAGGAAUGUAUGAGUUUAGAGGUUUAUAGGAAUUCCACAAGUGUUGAUAUGUCAUUGCCUCUCACGAAGGGCUAUUGAUUCAUAGCUGGGUCAGGCUCCAGCUGUUUUAAAUUGGUCUAAAGACUCUAUUUGCUCAGCUGUGAGUCAGAACACUGUCCAUCUUGAUUCAGGAAUCUGCCUGACCCAGGUUGCUAAAGCCUUACUGUCUUUCCAGACUGAUUGCUUUCCUUUUCCUGCUCUCUGGAAGAGUGACCCUUCUACUCUUCUAAUCCACUUAACUCACCAUUUUCUUCUGAAUGCUACUCAUUAAAAGGAAAUUCACUUUGCUCUAGCAGUCACACUACUGAGUAUAUAAGCAGAGAGAAUAAAAGUAUCAUGCUGAAGAGACAUCUGCACUCCCAUGUUCAUUGAAGCAGUAUUCUCAAUAAUUAAAAAAAUGGAAACAGGGCUGGAGAGAUGGCUCAGAGGUUAAGAGCACUGACUGCUCUUCCAGAGGUCCUGAGUUCAAUUCCCAGCAACCACAUGGUGGCUCACAACCAUCCAUUAUGAGAUCUGGUGCCCUUUUCUGAUGUGCAGAUAUACAUGGAAGCAGAAUGUUGUAUAUAUAAUAAAUAAAUAAAAAAUCUUUUAAAAAUGUAUUAAAAAAAGAAAUGGAAACAGCCAAAGUGAACAUCAGGUGAUGAAUGUAUAAAGAAAGCAUAGUACAUUUAUACAGUGGCAUACUAUUCAUCCAGGCAAAGGAAUGAGUUUGUGACAAAACUGGAUGCAACUGGAGAUUAUGUUAAGUGAAUAAAACAAGCCAGUCACAGAAAAGCAUACACUGUAUAACUAACUUCUAUUGUAUGGAAUCUGGUGACAACUGAUCUCCUGCAGGUUGAGAGUAGAAUGUUUGUUUCCAAAAUUUGGAGAGGGAUGGCUGAAUAAGGGUCACUAAGUUAUAGUUACUUAGAUAGAAGAAAGUUCUGCUGAGCUAUUACAUAGUAGGGUGUCUGUAGAUCAUCCAUUAAUGUACUAUACAUAAAAAGUUAGAAGAAAAUAUUUUGUUUAGUUUUUGCUAUAAAGUAAUAAUGAGGAAAAAGAUAAAAGCGAUUUAAACAUUACACAAUGUGUACAUAUUCUGAAAUAGCAAUGGUAUCACAUUAAUAUGUACAAAUUUUGUUUUUAUGGAUCACUUGAAAUAAAUUUAAAUAAAAUGAAAAAUAAUAACUCAA